AUGCGUAGUCUGUCAUGCAUUGCAGUACUGGCAGUUGAAAUGAUUGCUUUGGCAUUGUCCGUUUCUGGAAAUAUGUUCAUUAUUGUUACAAAUCUACUGGCUUGGACUAAAAACAAAACGUUUAAUUUAAGUGAUCAGUUAAUCACCUGGAUCAGUGUCUCAAAUGUGUUCUUUGUACUCCUGAGGCUGAUUUCAAAUUUAAUUUAUGAGAAAGUAAACCAAGCGUUCUAUAUAAUGUUGCAUCUUGCAUUAAUAUUCUGUAAUCUCUGGUUCUGUGCUUGGCUUACUACGUACUUCUGUUUAAAAAUCAAUAACCUGUGCAACAGGUUCUACAUCUCUCUACAAAGGAGGCUCUACAAGAUAUUUCCAUGGAUUCCAAUACCGUCUGUCCUGGUAGCAUUGUUGGUCAGCCUUCCGGUGGCUUUGUUCAGGCCUGAAAAAAUACUACCAAGCAAAGCAGACAAUGAUUCAGUGUCACAUAUUUUAACUUAUAGUAGCAAUUUUAUAGUAUCAUUUCUGAUAUAUGGAACAUUCUCAACACUUGCUUUCUUUUUUUCUGGGUACUCCAUUAUGAACAUUGUCAUGUCUCUUUAUAGACACAUAAAGAAUAUGCAAGGCAACAUUCGUGGUUUCAGAGGUUCCAAUGUAGAAGUUCAUGUUCGUGCAGUGAAAACUGUGAUCUCUGUCUUGUCAUUCAAUGUUAUAUUAUUUACAGUUAAUGCAGUAACUGUAUUUUACAUUGAUGAUAUGUCAAUACUUUAUUACUCCUCUAUUUCUACUAGCUUUAUUCACUUUCUCUGCUCUGUGAUCCUCAUAAAUGGAAACUGUAACCUAUCAAAGUCACUUAGGACACUUAGGAAUAGUGUAUGUUGCCUUUGCACUCGUUAUUCUUCUAAAUAG